UUUCUUUUUAUAUUCUUAGACUUAAUGGACGACGAUGUCAGAUUCGGAGACGGUCAUCCGCAUUCCUUUGCGGAAACUAUCAAUUGCAACAGUAAUGCUUCCCUUAAGCGCCUUCAUUUUGUGCAUCUACCUAUCAUUACGUUACAAUUUUACGAUGUCAACUGCAACUCAUUGUGGGGUCCCUAACUACUUGCCUUCAAUAUCUUCAGCCAUUGGGGAGUUUGUUCCUCAGAGGUACAUAUGGAGAGCCGCUAUUGCCGUCCACUCUGCCCCCAGGUUUCUCUUAGCAGCCAUGUACAACAGUUUUAUGAAGCGAAUCCUUUCAAAUGCUGGUGACUACCAGAGCAUGGUGAAAGUGACAACAGCUUUAAAUGUUGUGGAAAACAUUGCACUUCUUGGACUGUCUUUUGUUUCAUCGAAAGAGAAUUACAAUAUACACAAAUUUUUUUUUAUUGUCUUCAUGGUGUGUAGUGAGCUAUACAUGGUGAUAACAUACCUCUUGUUAAAAUACAACAAGAUCAGACUGACAACUCCUCUAGAACGAAUUGCAUACUUAAAGAAGAAGCAGUUGAUGAUGGCUAAUGUUACCAGUUUCUUUGUGGCAUUAUAUUUCUUUUAUCGUCACAACACAUACUGUGAACCUGGAAUGUAUUCCAUUUUUGCAUUCCUUGAAUAUCUUGUGGUGCUGACAAACAUGGGAUUCCACAUGACUGCUUACUACGACUUCCACAAUCAUGAUCUCAUCGUUGGUGAAUGGAAAACUGCCAGCAGUUGACAAUUAGUGUGAGGAAUUUCAAAACUUGACAGCAAGGUACAGCUACAUACUGUGGGGCAGGAAUAUUUGAAGUGUGGAGACUUCAGGGUAACUUAUCUUAAUGGUUUUUUGCUGUACUGGAAAUUCCAAAGAAAGCUCUUGUCCAUUAUUUCUAUCUCAAUGGAAAGUACUAGAAAACUGCAGUAAAUCAGUUUAAUAUAUUUUACUUUAUGUACAAUUCAAUUUUUAAAGCUAUGGUUAUAGAUUUUGGAUAUGCUAAUCAUCAACAUGAUUGCUUCAUUGCAAAAUAUAAAAUUUGGGUGCAGUACAGCUGUUUUUCAGUCCAUACAUAAUAUCACCAAAAGCUAGAACCUUUGGCAUAUUAGGCGGUCAGAAUAGUUUUUGUUUAUGUAGCUAUGGUUUAGAUUUGACUAGCAAUGCCAGUCUUAGGUAGUUCACCAUAAGCAGAUAUUGAAUUGAAUAACAUAUAGUUUAGAACAUAAGUACUAAAUCCACUUAGAAGUUAUGGUUGGUGAUCAACAGCCUGAAGUAUGAAGUAAAUUUUCUAGGCAUUUAGAUAUCUACUUCUUAUUGAAUAGUUUACUGACCCACCAAUAAUGAACUUUAUAUUUCAAAUUUGAUUCAAGAGAACUAAUAUUAUGGUUCUAAUUUUCAUAAUUGUAUGGCUAUGCACUAUAGUUUUUAAAAAGUAUAUGCAAAUGUUUUCUUUCAUAGUAUGUAAUUUUACCCAAUCACAUAUCCCUUUGAGGCAUUUAUUAGUAUGCAUUUAUCAAACCAAUUCAAAAGUAUUUUGAGCCAGUAGAAAGUAUUUUAUUGCCCAUCACUUGAUAGCAGAUAGUACUUUGUUGCCCUGACAUUAUGUAUCACUAUGAUUGCCCUUUAGUAACAUGCCAUGGAAAGCUUGGUUGGAAGUAUGAGAAUGGAAGCUAUAUGCAUCUGUCCUCCAGAGAUUAAUGAAAAUGCAUUUGUGAUACAUUGAAUUGUUCUGUCAUUGUAUCGUGUCCACCUCAGUUUUUUUUAAUAUUAUAUUUAUAUAUGUAUAUAUAUAUAUAUAUAUAUAUAUAU